UUGCACUGAUCUGAAGAACACUGUGGGUUUUUUCUGAAUCUAAGAUAUAUAUUGUUUUGAGACAACCGUCCUAGUGGCUUUAAGAAAAUAUGUAAAAAGUAUUUCAAAAUGUUAAACCUAUCUUGUGCCAGAUGUCUGUAACUUUAAUCCUGACUAACCCUGAAGGAGAAACACAGAGCUGCUCUAAGAGGAGGAGCAACACUGGAGGGAGGAGAGCUGUAACGUCACUUUCCAUAAAUGAAACUUAUCGUUUGUCAGAGCUGCAGUGGAGACACGUCUCUGGAUUUUCUGUCUGAAGGAAGAUUAAACUGAGUUUGUUAGUUCUUUCUCAGCACUUUACUCAAAUAUGGACAUGUCUUCUGUCAGCUGCCUGCUAUCCGAAGAGCAGUUUCGGUGCGCCAUCUGUAUGGAUGUGUUCAGGGAUCCAGUCAGCACACCAUGUGGACACAACUUCUGCAAAACCUGCAUCACUGCACACUGGAAAAUUAAUUACAGAUGUCCCUUGUGUAAUGAGGGUUUUAAAAAAAUACCUUUGUUGAGGGUCAACACUUUGUUAUCUGAGAUGGUUGGUGAGUUCAGACAGUCGGCUCAACAGAAAGCCAACCGCAAACAGUCACAGCAACAAUCGUUCAAACCAGUAAAUGUUCCCUGUGACUUUUGCACUGGAACUAAACUGAAGGCCCUGAAGUCCUGCCUGGCGUGUCUGGCCUCCUACUGUGAGACUCACCUGGAGCCUCAUUUCAAUGUGUCCGGUCUGAAAAGACAUCAGCUGAUCGACCCUGUGGAGAACCUGGAAGACAGGAUGUGUCCGAAGCACGAUAAACCUCUGGAGCUGUUCUGUAAGACCGACCAGACAUUUGUCUGUCUGCACUGCUCUGCUUUAGACCACAAGAUGCAUGAGUUUGUUCCUCUGAAAGAUGAAUAUGAAGACAAGAAGGUUGAACUGGUGAAGACAGAGGCUAACAUUCAGGAGAUGAUCCAGAAGAGACGAGUAAAGAUUGAGGAGUUCAGACACUCAGUAAAGUGUAGUACAGAAAAUGCGCAAAUGGAGCUAUCAGAAGGUGUUCAGGUCUUCACUUCUCUGAACAAGUUUAUUGAGAGAGGCCUGAAUGAGCUCUACAAAACAAUAGGAGAGAAGGUGACAACAACACAGAAACAGGCUGAAGGCCUCAUCAAAGAGCUGGAACAGGAAAUAUCUGAUCUGAAGAAGAGAAACACUGACGUGGGGCAGGUCACACGCUCAGAAGACCACCUCCAUGUUCUCCGAAGCUUCCCGUUACUGAAAGCUUUUCCACCCACAAAGUACUGGACAAAGGUCAACGUCCAUGUACCUUCAUAUGAGAAAGCUGUGGAGGGGGCCUUGAUCCAGCUGGAGGAGACCCUUAAUAAAGAGAUGAAGAAGCUGCUCGGUGAGGCUGAGCUGAAGAGGGUCCAGAAGUACGCAGUGGAUGUGACUCUUGAUCCUGAUACAGCACACCCUGAACUCAUCCUGUCUCUUGAUAGGAAACAAGUGAGUCUUGGUAAUGUAAAGAAGAAUCUCCCAGACAACCCAGAGAGAUUUUCUCAUUAUAAUUUUGUUUUGGGAGGGCAGAGUUUCUCUUCAGGCAGAUUUUACUACGAGGUUCAUGUUCAAGGGAAGCCUAAAUGGAAUAUAGGAGUGGCCAGAGAGUCGAUCAACAGGAAGGGAGAGUUCAACAUGAGGCCUCAGGACGGUUACUGGACUAUAUGUUUGAGAAAUGGAAAUGAGUACAAAGCUCUUGAUUCUCCGUCAGUCAGUCUCUCUCUGAAGUCUCGGCCUCAGAAAGUGGGGGUGUUUGUGGAUUAUGAGAAGGGUCUGGUCUCCUUUUAUGACGUAUAUACUGCCGCUCUGAUCUACUCCUUUACUGGCUGCUGCUUCAACGGGAAAAUCUACCCAAUAUUAAGUCCCUGUAAUAAUGAUGGAGGCAAUAAUGCUGCCCCUCUGAUCAUCGUCAGACGUACUGUCAAUCAAACCGCUUGAUUUUUGAGAUCAGCAUGUUGGGCAAUGCAAAUAAAGCAUUGCCAACAAUAUGUGUACAUACAGUGUAUACAUGUAUAUAUAUUUACACAUAAACAUGCCAAACAAAAUGUUCAUACUAAAAUAGGCAUAGCGGUCAAUACUGGUAUGCCAAUGUGUUAUAGAUAAAGAAAAAAAAAGUGCUUAUUCAUUCUUAUAUUUGAUUUAUCAUUUCUCAUUUGUGUUCUAAACUUACAUAUUUUGUGUUUCAUACUUUGGUUAGAAAAUUAACGAAAAAAAAGUUGCUUUUGUUUGACUUGUCAUCAUUUUAAGGCUUCUUGAAGAGAAAGAGUAUUUGAUCAGUGGUUUUUAUUAUGCCGAACAAUGUAGUGAUAAUUAACAUUGAUUUAUUGCUGGACUAGGGAUGCAAUUGUUCUGUAUAUUUCAGUUUGCCUUUAAGAUCUUACUUAUUUGAGUUGUACAUUAUUUGAGUGUGGGUAUAAUCGAUGCCAGAUAAUCUAUAAAGACGUUGAUAUGGACAAAGUAUUUUUUUUACUUUUAUAAAAAAACGUCAUAAGAAUCUUUGUCAACCAACCAUUUUACAGCAGGUCAGGGUCUGUAUCUGUAAAUAACCAUGUGCCAUCUCAACCUAAAAAUAUCAAUAAUUGUUUAGUAAAUUAGAACAUUUUUACUCAAGGACACUGCAACUUAAAUAAAAAAAAAAAAAAUUAAAAUCUGCAAUAAUUGAAAGGGUUUCUUAACAGGUUUACAGAUAGUUUUAACUAGUGGACAUUGUCCUGCACUUGGUCUUCCUCUUCAUUCAUAAAAGACAAACGUUGAUUUAUUAAGUCUAUGUUAAUGAAUGAAAACAUAUUUUGUGAUGAAUUAAACUAAUCUGUUGUACAGUAUUACUCAAGUAAAAUCUUGUGCAUGAGAAGAAACUUUUUGUCAGAGUGUUUUAUUUUGAAACUUGUCGGUAUUCACAGGUUGGAUUUAUUUCCCUCCUAUAGCCACCAGAUAUCAGCAUUUCAACACACAAACAAGGCAGGGGAGCGUGUUUUUGGGAUUCACAGACGGUAAACAACACUCAACGUCCUGGCCUGAUUCAGCAACAACUUUAGGAAAGAAUCAAACACAAGAAUGAUAUAAAAAGGUCAAACAUUACAGGACAAACAAUGAGAUUAACCUUUCACUGAUAAGAGUGUUGCAGAGCUUCAGCACUGUAAAGGGACUGUUUUUUACUGACAUUAUAUGUGGGAUUGACUUUUUUUUAUGUAAAAACUGUUCUAGUAACUGUAAAAGAUGAUAAUAUAAGUUGCAAGUUCAUUUUUUUUAAUCUUCAGGGUCUUGAGCUGAAGCUGUGAG